UUCACAACAUCUUCUCCAACUUCUCUCAUCUGCCACAAAAAAAUGAAGCUCUACCAGAUCUUUGUUGCCAUCGCCAUGGCUGCUCUCUUUUUGAUCUCAUCCGGUGAUGCCGUCUGCGUCUGCAAUCAACACGUCGUUGGACUAUACUGCGGUAAUUCGCAUUUGCUCCAUGGGUGCCUUCCCAAUGUCCUUUACCAAUGCAAUGGCCAUGGCUAUGCUACUGUUUAUAAAAGAUGCAGAUAUGGCUGCGUCACUGAUAGGGGCGGCAAGGGUCAUUGCAAGGAACAUGCUUAACCUGGCAGUUGCAAAAA